GUGGCUAUAAAAUCCUGGAUUAUUAUUAUUAUUAUUAUUAUUAUUAUUAUUAUUAUUAAUAAUAAGAAAAAAACACUGGAGCCUAUCAGUUCACUAUUUAUGUUAGAAAGAACUUCUUUUUUUAGUUAUUUUAAAAAGUUUGUUUCUGAGAAAUUAAAUGAGAUAAAGUAGGAAGAGGGCGGAACAAGGAAGACGUGUGUGUGUGUGUGUGUGCGUGUGCGUGUGUGUGCGUGCGUGUGUGUGUGUGUGUGUGAAGCAGCAGUCUCUCACUGUGGUGUAACGUUCAGGUGCUCUUCACCCUCAGAGGUGAAAACUCCUCAAGUCGUUCCGAUGGAUUAUGUCUGAUAUCUGACCAACAGGCGGUCAUUUACUAAAACAAUACUAAGAACAUGUGGAAGUCCCGCUGCAGCGUUGGAGAACAGGCCGGUUGAAGUGAAAGUAACGACUCACGCACUUUCCACAUCUGAUGCAAGACAUAAUAAACAAACAGGGGAACCAAUAACAGCGCCAGCAUCCCCACAUAUAGACAGUGCAGGUACUGUGUGAGCCGGUGACUCACACAGGAAGGUAGCAGCUAUCUCCAUCCUCUCCUGUCAUGUCUGUAUCCAUGAGGAACCAAGUCCAGCGCCGCCGCUCUCUGGGCCCCGUCUCGGCCAAACGCAUCUACAGAAACCUGUCCGUCCGACUCAGGGGCGGAGAGUCAUCUGUUGCUACGGAAACGGACGCGCCCAAACACCUCAGCAAGUCUGCAGAUGCUUACAAGACCCUGUGGGAUGCAGUGGAGAACGAGGACACUUUGGCCGUGCAGAGCCUGCUGUCCAGAGACCACACCAACUGUGGAGGAGGAGGAGGUGGAGGAGGAGGAGGAGGAGGAGGAGGUGGAGGAGGAAGCAUGUGGGAGAGAGGGGGGGAGAAGAAGGAGAAGGACUGGGAGAGAGAGAGGGAGAAGGGGGUGAACAGGGUGAGCGAACAGGGCCUGGUCCCCCUGGACGUUGCCGCCCUUACCCACAAUUCCCCUCUGCUCCACGUGUUGACAAAGGCGGGAGCCAGACAUAACCCUGUUUUGUGCCGACCAGCAGAGUGGGCGCUCAAGCUGGACGCUCUGGUGGCGCUGGCGGGCAAACAGGUGGAGGAGAGGAAGAAGGAGCUAGUGAGGAAGGCGGGGGCAGGGCCUCAGGCACAGGCCGACGUCCACAGACACAUCCGUCUCUGCAGCCUCCGGCUGCAACUGUACUGCCGGAUGAGACAGAACUUCCACAGCACAGAGCUCCCAGGGUCUCCCAGUCAUGUGUCCAUACUGGUGACCAGCACAUCCUCUCUGUUUGUGGCAAUCAAAGAGCCAGAAGGGGACAACAUGGGGCUCAUCACCCGCUACAGAGUGGAAUGGAGCACCUCAGCCAGCUUCAAACGCGUCCUUGGCUCAGCCCAGGUUACAGAGACCAAGAACCCAUCCUAUAGCAUCAAGGGACUCACAGCGGGAGCGCAUUACUUUGUAAGAGCGAGCUGCUACAACGUGAAAGGAUGGGGCCCGCCUCAGUGCUCCUCUCCAGUCAGCGCUGCCCCCUCCAGUUGGAGAGAGUGCAUCGGCGUGAAGUCGCAGUUCAGAAAUCACGAGGGCCUUGUGAGGAAACUGCUGGAAGACGCCAGAGAACAGCAUUACAGAGGGUUCUGCAUAGAGAGCUCUAAGCCCCAGAGUCCCAGCAAGCGUCUGUCUGUGUCUCGAGGCAUCAAACAACUGUUCCAGUCCGCCACAAAGUUUGUUCGUCUCCUACAGAGGGGCGUGUACCUGGCUACUGUGUUCUACCACAAGGAAAACAUCCUGGUGACCGCUGAAGAUCAAAUCCCACUGGUGGAGAUCCAGUGCUGCUCCACCUCCAUCACCCAAGACUUUCUCUGGUUUGCCAAGUUGUCCUGUGCAUGGCAACAAGUGCCCUGGCUCCAGCAGGCCCUUUCCUCUGCUCAUUCAUCUCCCUCCUCCCUCCUUCAGAACAGGCACAACAUUUUAAGAGCCGUUUCCCAGCUGCAGUCUUCCCUGGGAACAAUGGACCUGGGCCAGGUGUACUACGAACCUCUGAAAGACCGGCAGGGCAACGUCUUACUAGUGACUCUGAAGGAGUUUCCAAAAUCGCCCAGCCCUCCUGACCCUCCGCUCCACUGGAUGCCCCUGGCUCGCCUGGAGAAGAACCGCAGCAGAACUCCUCUGCUGCCGGAGCCCACCGCCAUGGACAUGCUUUAUGACCAGCUCAAGGAGAAACUAUCCCUCCACAGGCACAGCAUUCAGUUGGCCAAGCCGGGUCUGUACGUGGGCAUCCUGAAACUGUGCAGCUCAGUGGAGCAGAUCAGGGUGCUGGUGCCCCAGAGGCUACCCAAUGUCCUCUGCCACACACGGGUCCGGCACAACGCCCACGUCUCCAGAGAGGAGUGGGAAUGGCUUCAGAGUCACGUUUACACCGCAGCCAAUGACAGCGUUCCCGACCUGUUGAGCGGCGAGGACGAGAGCGUGAUGGAGAGCAGCGGGCUGGUGGAGUUCGUCAUGUCUCUGAGAGCGGCAAUCACACAUCUCCUGACGAAGCUCAACAUCCCCCUCUAUAGGGCGUACCAGUAUGGUGUGUACACCCGGGAGCUGCUGCAGUUUGGAGACAAGAUGUCCAUGCUGCUGCUGCUGCCUCCCAGUGAGGACUUCAGCUCCAGCUACUGGCCUCUGAUGGGGACCAAAGAGCCGGGGCUCACCAUGCCCCUGCAGAUCUUUGAGCUGGUUCACUUUUGGACGUAUGAACGGGACUUCCUGUCCCAGUACUGCCAGGCCUGGGUGAGGAUGGAGGUGGACACUCAUCUGGCCCAGCAGGCUCUGCGGGAGGCGCUGGACACCAAGGAAGUGCAGGAAGCCCGAGAGCGCCUGAACCACAUCACUGAGCUUUCCCAUCGUUUGGAUGUGGUGUGGAGGGAUGCCCGCUGGAUUAUGGACUGCCUGCAGUGCGUUCGGUCAAAGCAGUGGGUGGGGGCGGUGCCUCUGGGCUUGGUGAUGGGAGGAGACCCGCCGCCGCGCCCCGACGGUGAGGAAGAGGAGGAGAGCUUGACCGCCAGACUGACGUGGCCCCAUCGGAUACAAGCACAGAGAGCCAUCGCAGAGUGUUUAGUCAGUGCGACUCCACCAAAUGUCGUCUCUGCCGAGAUCGCCGCUACAUCAGGAAUCCUGGCUGUCCCUGAAGAGGCAACGCUGUUAAUGGAGGGCGUCGCGAAGGGAGGAUACCCCGUAGACAUCACCGCCCAGUCAACUGUGGACUUGACCGCCAUCGGCCCGUCAGAAUUGGGAUGUGCAAGCGCUUUGCUCGAAUCUGGACUAGAGCCUGGUGCUGUUGCACAGUUUGAAGGGGGGUUCACAGUUUUGGACACACAGGAGUCCUACAGCAAGGAACAGGACUUUCCUUCCAGCAUCACUGAGGUAAUCCGGCCGAUGGAGAUGGCAGAGCUGGUGGACAUCUUGCCCACGCUGAGUCUUAUUGAGGAGGAGACCCCCAGUGGCCCGUCUACACCGUCAGUAAUGGAUAUGCUAGAGAGCUUUGGAUUUGGGAUCGGUGAAAGCAACACCUUCUUUGACUUGGAGAACUCAGCUGGAUGUCUGUCACAGCCUAGCCUGCACUGUAACAGCAGCAGUAGAGUGAGAGAGACGCACUGUGAGAACACAGACAUGUCUGCCUCUCUCGCCACGGUGAACGCCACAGGUGGUGACGUGCCUGUUCUGAGCUGGGAUUUUCCUCCAGAGGAUACAGACACUCAGCAGGUUCCCAGCAAGAAAGCGUCCUUUCCAUUGAGAAACCAGGUGGGGUGGGACAGACCCGCCGACAGUUCAUCCUGAUAUUGACUCAAGCACCAGCCUGCUUCCACCUUGUGUCAAUUUAAAACCAAAUCAGUAGGCUGCAGCACAGUUGAUUUACAGUUUUUUGGGCUUGGAAAUGACAUUUUUUUCUUUGUCAGUCAGUGUCCAACUGCCUAGUUAAUAUUAACUGCUGUGGAGGAAAAUUCAAGGAACAUACAAGAGAUAGAUACAACUUCAUCUAACACACGAUUUAUGUUGUUUGCACAUAUCUGGGCCUGUAGUUUCUCUUUUCUAAAGUUCAGUCCAUUAGAGCAGAGGUUUUCAAAGUGUGAGGUGGGCCUCCCCAGGGGGAUCCAAACACUUUCAGUGGAAGGCUCAGUGAAUAUAAGUGAAAACAUAUUACAUUAGUUAUCAAAAGAUCAUAGGUCUCUCGGGGGAAUUUGACUGUUUUUCCCACUUUCCCAGUGUCAAAAACUAAUAAACCCUUAGGACAGACAUUGUUUUAGGUAUUUGGUGUGGUCUGAAAUUAUGUCAAACAGCAAUAAUAUACUAUCUUGGCUCAAUUGUCGAGUGUCUAUGGGAUCAAAUAACAAUCAUAGGGCAACCCCCUCUUAGUCGAUUAGCUGACUAAUCGGUCGUUUUGGACUUAGUCAACUAAGAUUUCUUUAGUCGAUUAGUCAUUUGUAAUGUUUUUUUUAAUGCUGAAUUUCUUACUACUAC